CGCGUGCAGGCCCGAGAAGUUGGUUGCCUUUGUCGGAGCUGCGGCGCUGGGAGAGCCGCCAGACGGCCGGCAGGGAGGAGCACGGCGAGGGCGCGGGGAGGCCUGAACCUGGGCGAAGAUCGGAAUCUUCCUGCCGGGAGGAGAGGUGGUGACCAUGGAGACAGCUGAAAUGCCUGAGAGGAGAGCGCCACCUUUCCAGGAUUCUCCCCUUUCCCAGGAGAGGAACACAGAAGUGGCAGCUCUGCGCCUAACAGCCAGAUCCCAGGAAUCUGUGACAUUCAAGGAUGUGGCCAUGGAUUUCAGCCCAGAGGAGUGGGGAAAGCUGGAUCCUGCACAACGGGAUGUGAUGCUGGAGAACUACAGGAAUCUGGCCUCCCUUUGGCUUCCAGUUUCCAAAGUUGAGAACUACAAUUUGGAGAAUGGAAAAGAACCAUGGAUGUUUGAGGAAAAAAAAAACAAAAGCAGCUAUUCAGACUGGGAGGCUAGACCUGAGAGCAAGGAAUCAACUUCAGUGCAAGACUUUUCCAAAGAAGAAUCAUGCCAGGCUCCAAUAAUAGACAGACUGACAAGGGAUAGUGUUUAUGACGCCAACUUGGAGACAACUUUUGAAUGUGAAAAUUGGUUAGAGAAUCAGCAAGGAAAUCAAGAGAGGCAUUUCAGAGAAAUGUUCACCCAUAUGAAUUCACUGCCCAGGGGACAAGCUCAUGAGCUUGAUAUAUGUUGGAAAAAUUUUAGUCAGAAGUCUGCCCUUAUUACUGAAGGCAGAGUUCCCAAAGGAUCCUAUGCUUUCAAUAAACUUGAAAAAAAAUUGAAACAGAAAUCAAACUUAAUGAAAAAGCAGAGAAACUAUAAAGAGAAAAAGCCUCAUAAAUGUAAUGAUUGUGGUGAACUCUUCACUUACCAUUCCGUGCUUAUUCGACACCAGAGAGUUCAUACUGGAGAGAAACCCUAUCCUUGCAGUGAGUGUGGGAAAUCUUUUAGCCACAGAGCUAAUUUAACGAAACAUCAGAGAACUCAUACCAGAAUUCUCUUCGAGUGCAGUGAAUGUAAGAAAACCUUCAUAGAAAGCUCAUCCCUUGCUAUACAUCAAAGAAUUCACAUUGGAGAGAGACCUUAUGAAUGCAGUGAAUGUGGGAAAGGCUUUAAUCGAAGUACCCAUCUUGUUCAGCAUCAGUUGAUACAUACUGGAGUGAAGCCUUAUGAAUGCAAUGAAUGUGAUAAAGCUUUUAUUCAUUCAUCAGCACUUAUCAAACAUCAAAGAACUCAUACUGGAGAGAAACCCUAUAAAUGUCAAGAAUGUGGGAAAGCCUUUAGCCAUUGUUCAUCCCUUACUAAACAUCAGAGAGUUCAUACUGGAGAAAAGCCCUAUGAGUGUAGUGAGUGUGGAAAAACUUUUAGUCAGAGCACCCAUCUUGUUCAGCAUCAGCGAAUUCAUACUGGAGAGAAACCUUAUGAGUGUAAUGAAUGUGGAAAAACAUUCAGCCGGAGCUCAAAUUUUGCUAAACAUCAAAGAAUUCAUAUUGGAAAGAAGCCCUACAAAUGCAGUGAAUGUGGAAAAGCCUUCAUUCAUUCUUCAGCUCUUAUUCAACACCAGAGAACUCAUACUGGAGAGAAACCCUAUAGAUGUAAUGAAUGUGGGAAAAGCUUUAAGUGCAGCUCAUCACUCAUCAGACAUCAGCGAAUUCACACUGAAGAGCAACCCUGAGAAGACACUGAAUGUGAAGAAGUGUAAGUCGAUCUUAUCACUGUGUUGAAUACCUGAGUGUUUAGGUGAGGAUCCAUAAAAUACUGCUUGAUGGCCAAUUCUGUACACAUCUAGUUUGACUUGCACAACACAUAGUGUUGAGCCGGAGAUAGGAUGUUUCUUAUAUUCAUUGAUUUGAUUAUUAUGUAAUCUUUUAGGCAGAGAUCUCAGAUUUUAAUCCCUUGCCCCCAAAUGCCCAUUUGUCAAUUUUCAAGAAAUGUCUGGGAGUGGGUAGUAGUAUUGUCAUUGUGAUAAUCAUGUUUCCCUCUCGUUUGGUUAUAACAAAGACCUGUUGUAGCUUCUAAUUUGUAAGGAAAUUCUUAUUUUGGUAGGUUAGGCUGAAGGCUCAUGUUUUUAUUAUCAGGAAGACUGAGAGCUGCUCCUCUUAGAAUCCAAGUAGGAAUCCAGUUAUACAGAUACUGUUAUUUCUCCAGAGAGUGUCAUUUCUUUUACAUUAGCCAUAAAAACUUAAAGAGCUCCUUAGGAUCUCUACCCGCCAAGGCUGCUGUCUCAUUUGAUGAACAUAACUGAAGUGUAUUUAUUAAAUCCAUUGCUGUCAAGUCAAUUCCAACUUACAGCGACCUUAUAGGGCAGAGUAGAACUGUCCCAUAGGGUUUCCAAGGAAUGGCUGGUGGAUUUGCAGUGCCAGCCUUUUGGUUAACAGCCAAACACUUAACCACUGCCACCAGAGACCAAGAAUAAAAAAAAAAAAAAAAAGAAUAUUUAUAGCAGGUACUAAAUUAUGUUCAUAUGGAUUCUAUUGGUUACAGCUUUAGAUAAUUGCUAUCCCUCUGCUGUGUAGAUCUGCCUUUGUUUUCUGUUUCUCUGAGAGUUACUCUGAAAUAGAUAAUGGGUCAUAAACUUAACUGUAGUUGUUGAUCAACUCAGUCUUCUCUUAAUUUAGCAUUGAGUGAAUCCUUGGUUUUCUAUAAUCACAGUUAUAUGGUGACGUGAUUUUGCUACAUUACUUAGCUUUCUGUAAACUAUGUGUUGUCACUUUGAGAAAAAGCCCUAAGAAUGUUGAGGCCCAGGGAAGUUGAUGGGCUCAAUGUGUUGUUAUAUUUAGGGUCCCAUCAAGAAGAAGAACUGAAGCAACUGUGAGACACCAGGUCAUACUUCCUAUCAAAUACGGAGAACAGCUCACGGGACAGUGACUCACUUGAGGAUGAGCAGCUUCCCUCCAUGAAGACUGCCAUUUGUCUGCCUCAUGUUUACCCAGAUUUUUUGUUGUUGUACUCUCUAUAUGCUAGUUGGGCUUUGAUAUGUCCAGAGCCCUAAAGAAGGUAGAAAAGGAAUGAAACCACAAUUAUUUAUUGGAUGUAAGUUACGUGAGUGACCAAAGACCAGUGAUGGGAUUUGAGAUGCAAAAGCAAAACUUCAAGUAAAUAUUUAAUAAAACACUAUACAAAUGUCAGGUUUUUUUUUUUAUUGUUACCCUCAUGUUUGUGUGAAAAGAAAACUAUAGAAAGUGGUAGAGAAAAAAGUAAUCACAGGUUCCUUCUUCCUCCUCUGCUGAAGUCUCAUCCUUCGUCACUAUCCAACAGCCAGUCCAUACUCCUUUUCCUCCACAUUAUCCCUAUUACCAGUUACAGUUCUCUCUCAGUAUACCUGAGUUCCACUAUUAAGGAAAAGUAGUGAACAGAGUUUAAGGAAGUGAUGGUAAUGGACAGCAAGAUCGUUAAUAAUGCAUAAUAGAUCCAGCAGUGAUGGAAAUCAAAGAAAAUAAUAAACUGUAUGGAAGGAAUUGGGAAGAGGUUUUGGAAUGAUAACAAAAACACCGAAGAGGUUUGAGGUGGGUGGAAAGGCUCAGGAUCUGAAAGGUCAGGGUAGGGGAAUGGCUGAAUCAGGAACUGAUUAUAGGAAGACUUUUCAUCACCUCGUAACUCAGUGGUCUAAAGCAGGAUUGACAAACUAUAGCCUGUACCUACUGGCCACAUCUAGCCUACUACUUAGUUUUGUAAAUAAAGUUUUAUUGGAACUCAUCCACCCUCAUUCAUUUACUUGUCUGUGGCUGCUUUUGUGCCAUAACAGCAGAGUUGAGUGGUGGCAGCAGAGGUCAUAUGUCACAGAAAGCCUAAAAUCUUUACUGUUUGACUCUUCACAGAAAAUGUUUGCUAACCUCAGGGUUAGAGCACCCAUGUUGAGGAGUGGAGUAGGGGAGUUGAACCAGUCAGAGAAAUCUGAUAGGAUGGAAAAGUUGUAAUGGUAGUGAUCUUUCCCACAGUAGGAACUAAGGACAUCACAUGGCCAGAAUCAGAACAAGUCAGAUAAACACCUCCCAUGGUUCUACUCAGUACCUCAGUAGUCCUGUCCUCCAGUUGGCUUUUUUAAAGGCUGCAGAAUUGUGUGUUUGUGUGUAUUAGAGUGCAAAAAGUAAGAGAUGGGAAAUGCUCCUAAGCCUAGGAUGUUAUUGUCAAAGCUGUUCAGAGAACUGAAAUUAUUAAAAGUUUCUUAAUAUGCCAAAUGCUUAAGUAAUAAAAUUUACCAUGUGGGGGCCAAGUUUUUACUGAUAAAAUUGACAGGGUCAAUGUGUGCUUUUUAAAGCUGAGUUGGAAUUCUUUCACCUUAACUUAGCAGUUAUGUGACUUUGAAAGCUGCUUAUCCCCUCCGAGCCUCAGUUUCCUCAUCUGUACAGUGGGAAUAAAUCAUUCCUCUUUUAUAAGGUUGUGAGAAUUAAAUAAAAUAAUGAAGUAGAAAUUACCUCAGAAUGAGUGAGUGCAUCUUCCACACUUUUUGUUUACUGAUUACAAACUGACCGUCCCAUUCUCUGGGCUCAGAGAGAAGAGGAUUCACUUUGUGUUUGAUGCCGUUCCUUACACUGCCUCCUUGAGACCUCAUGGAACCUACUUUUUUUCUUCUGAGCGUCACUUAAACCAGGAGCUAUUUAAUGGUUCCUGAGGGUCAAGUUUGCAGUCUAAUUGCAGUUUAAAUAGUGUUAAAGAAUUUGCUCUAAGUUAGUUUUACUGGCCCCUUGCAUUUCAGUAUUUGUCUUUUUUAUGCUUGGUGUUCAGUCUGACUACAUUUUGUACUUUGAUAUGAAUCUUUGAAGUUUUAAUGUUCUGCAUUUCAAAUAUUUUUAAUUACCUAUAAACUAAAUUUGUGUUUUUAUCAACCCAGUGUCAAUAAAGAUGUUUAUA